UGCAUGGGGCCACACGUGAAAGUGUUGUACGGAUAUCUGCGGAUAUUUGAGCGUUCGCUCGGCUGUCGUACAGUAUUCUGGCUUCCCCUCCCCCUCUUCCUUUCCUCCUCCCCUCCUCUCUGCUCCGCUUUUCCCUCUUUCCUAUUAUCUUUCAUCUGAACCAUUCAUCCACGCACAAUUGCUUGCUUUCUGCUUUCUCUUUCAGCAUUCGUCCGAGAGCCGGGGCUACGGACCUCUUAUGGCUCACUUUAUUAACUGCAUUAAUCUUUCCGAGCUCCAAAGAUAAAAAAAAAACACACACUAUCCACUCUGGAAAAUUUGAGGGGUUGGCAAGGACAUGACUCUCUCUCUCUCUCUCCUAUGGCCCUCCCUCACAUUGUGCAGUGGAAAUGUGGCUUCCAGUUCCGGCCUUGACUUACUUCCUAAUUUCAGUCUCUUCGAAGGAAAUUCUCAUUCUAGAAGAGUCCAAAAGUGGGAAUACUAAGAACAGGGUGUUUCAGGAUUUCGCGGAAAUAGUUACGGCAUUCUUUUGCAUUCUGCUAAUGGGCAACUACUUAAUAUCUUAAAAUAAACAUGUAUUCGUAAGAUAUUUCUGAUCAGAUGGACCAAAAAGUAAAUUUUCAUUGUCUUAUUUUUAGGAGGAGAUCGGCUAGUGAAAGUUAAAAUCCCUAUGAAUGUCAUUACAGUAUUCAAGUGACUCCCUUUCCACCUUUUUGAAAAAUCCCAAGUGCACACUUCCAGGAAAUCUGGGUUGAGAACAAUGCGUUGGCUUUCCACGAAUUACAAAAAACAAGAUUCACAAAACUCUGUGACGAGCAAAAGCGGGUCAUUACAAAAACUGGGUUUUUUUCGCACGGUGAACGUGAGGCUGGGAUUUGAAAUUGGCUUUCAUUUUUGCCAGAAGACAACAAAGGUGGGGGGGGAUGUCAGCUUGAAUUAUCGCCCGCGGGCAGUCGAGGUCUUUAGACGCCGUGUGCGACUGACCCUGUUGGUUCUUGUUGCUAUGAACUAGCUAAUUCAAACAGAUCCAGCUCACCCUCGGGGCAGGGCAAUAUGAACAGAGCGCCGAGGGAUUUUGACAGAACGGUGUGGUGCGAGAAACUACCAUGUGUUUUUUUCCAACGCAGGCAUCUUGAUUUACCUAACUGUGGUCUUACAUGCAAAGACGGAGCAAAACAGUGCUUUUUCUUGAUUGUAGCAUUUGAUCCCAGAGCUGCGUGCUUGCUUGGAUGCAUCUAUUGCGUGUUGUUGGCAGUUUGUCCUAAUAAGAAAAAAAGAGAUAACAGUGGCUGUGUUACGAGAUAACCGGAUCCUGCUGGGAUGGUUUAGAUGUCACUAACACAUAAUUUACGGUUGUAAAAGUUCACCUUCAUUACAAAUGGAGAAAACAGCUGGUUCUGUGUGGGAACGGAUGCGUGAAAGCCAGGGAUCUCUUCACAGAGGCAUCAGGCCUCCCAUAAUGAAUGGCCCCAUGCACCCUCGUCCUCUGGUGGCGCUGCUGGAUGGCCGGGACUGUACGGUGGAGAUGCCCAUCCUGAAGGACGUGGCCACCGUGGCCUUCUGUGAUGCACAGUCCACCCAGGAGAUCCACGAGAAGGUAUUAAAUGAAGCAGUGGGUGCUCUCAUGUACCACACCAUCACCCUGAUGAGGGAGGACCUGGAAAAGUUCAAAGCACUUCGUAUAAUUGUCUGCAUUGGGAGCGGCUUUGAUAAUAUCGACAUCAAGUCUGCUGGAGACUUAGGAAUAGCAGUCUGCAACAUGCCAGCAGCUUCCGUCGAGGAGUCCGCAGAUUCCACCAUGUGUCACAUCCUAAACCUGUACCGACGCACCACCUGGCUGCACCAGGCUCUCCGGGAGGGCACGCGGGUCCAGAGCGCGGAACAGAUCCGGGAGGUCGCGUCGGGGGCAGCCCGGAUCAGAGGAGAGACGCUGGGGAUCAUUGGCCUAGGGCGUGUUGGACAGGCGGUGGCGCUGAGGGCCAAAGCAUUCGGCUUCAACGUGAUCUUCUACGACCCGUACCUGUCUGACGGGAUGGAGCGAGCCCUGGGGCUGCAGAGAGUCAACACCCUGCAGGACCUGCUCUUCCACAGCGACUGCGUCACCUUACACUGCAGCCUCAACGAGCACAACCACCAUCUCAUCAACGACUUCACCAUCAAACAGAUGCGUCAGGGCGCCUUCCUCGUGAACACGGCGCGUGGCGGUCUGGUGGAUGAGAAGGCUCUGGCCCAGGCUCUGAAAGAAGGCAGAAUACGGGGAGCAGCCCUGGACGUCCAUGAGACGGAGCCCUUCAGGUGAAUAUCAGCAACAUGUGAUGU